AUGCCAACGAGGCAUGACGAUGGUUUUGUCGAAGCAGUAACGCCUGCGUUGGAGGCUUUACUAUCGGAUUUACAACAUACAACUGAAGUGUUGAAACGUGCUAAUCAAAGUAAUCACUAUGCAGACACCAAUGAUAUUGAUCCGAUUUAUCAAGAACAGACUAUUAGAACGACCAGUUCUCAGCAUGGUUUGGACAACUUGGAACAAAUGUUGGACGAUUAUUCGGAGAGGAGACGAAAUUCUGGAGCAAGCCCGUUUGAACGACCAACAGUUCACAGUUUAUUCAAUGAAUUGGAGCAAGAUGGGCCAAGAAGAAUAAUCAACAAUCCUCCUCCACCGUUGGAACAACGGGCAUACACGAACGGCACUGCGACAGAUCAAGAAUUUCGUAAAUCUCCGUCUCGCGGUCCAUCACAGCUAGACUCAAUGCUGGGUACGCUUCAAAACGAUAUGUCCAAGCAUGGAAUUAGCACAAUUCCAAAGGGAGAUUGUGCAUCGUGUGGAAAGCCUAUUGUCGGACAGGUUGUGAUAGCAUUAGGUAAGAUGUGGCAUCCCGAGCAUUACGUAUGCUGUCAGUGUGGAGAAGAGUUGGGUCAUCGGAAUUUCUUCGAGCGUGGUGGUAAAGCGUACUGUGAGAACGAUUACCACGACAUAUUCUCACCGCGUUGUGCCUAUUGUAACGGACCGAUCAAAGAUCGUUGUGUAACAGCCCUUGGUAAAACUUUCCAUGCUGAGCAUUUCGUUUGUGCAGAAUGUGGACGAGAAUUUGGUGACGAAGGUUUUCAUGAAAAGGACGGUCGUGCGUACUGCAAAGCGGAUUUCUUCAGAAUGUUUGCGCCUCGAUGUAACGGUUGUAAGAAUCCGAUUAAGAUGAAUUUCAUAACAGCGUUGGGAACGCAUUGGCAUCCGGAAUGUUUUGUUUGCCAGGAAUGUCAUCUGCCAUUCGAGAGUGGUUCAUUCUAUGAGCAUUUCGGUAUGCCAUUGUGUGAGACACACUUCCAUGAGAAACGCGGUAGUUUGUGUGCAUCGUGCAAUAAACCGAUCAGUGGACGUUGCGUGUCGGCGAUGGGACACAAAUUUCAUCCAGAACAUUUCUGUUGUUCGUACUGCCGUAAACAACUCAAUAAAGGAACGUUCAAAGAGGUCGACCGUAAACCGUAUUGUCAUAAAUGCUAUCAAACAACACAUGCUUGA